AUGCUAAGCGCUUACCCCGCCAAUGAGAGUGAACACACAACACUCUUGGGACUGCAGUUAGAUAGGAUCCCGGAAAUUUCCAACAGGAGCGCUGCGGGAAGCGGGGUGGGGGUGCGCGGCGGCGGUGCGUCGUCGCGUCACGCCACGUCGCGUCGCGCCGCGUCACGUCACGUCACACGCGUCGCGACAGGUCGCGUCACGUCACGCGGCGCGGCGUACUCACGGUGCGUACGCGUGCAGCGGCGACGCGUAGGCGCGCGGCAGCACGUGCGCGAGGGCCGGCGCGGCGUCGCGGGGCGCCCGGGCGCGCAGCACGGCUACAUGCAAAACACACUGGGCAUGCGGUUACCUGCGUCGCUGCGCGGCGCGCGGCGCGAGCACGAGCGGCGGCGCGGGCGUUGCGGCCGGCGCCGUGCCCAGCCACGGCCACGUCACGCCGGACACCCGCAGCCCUGCGCACACAGCGCGCCUCAGACACCCGUCAGCCGCGGGCCC